AUGGCUACUUUCCUCCUCCUCCUCCCUCUCCUCGCCUCCCUCGCCGCCGCCGCCGGCGGCCAGGGCCACUCUCCCUCUCCGAUCAAGGCAGCAUACUACCCAUCAUGGGCGUCGGAAACCUUCCCGCCGGCGGCCAUCGACACAACACUUUUCACCCACGUCUACUACGCCUUCCUCCUCCCCAACAACCUCACCUUCCUUAUCCAACCCUCCUCCGACACGUCAUCCCUCCUCCGCAACUUCACCGCCACCCUCCGCCGCGCCAGCCCGCCGCCGAAGACCCUCCUCUCCUUCGGCGGCGGCGCCGUCGCGGACCCGACGCUCUUCCCGCGGAUGGUCUCCCGCCAAGACUACCGGCAGGCCUUCAUAAGAUCGGCCAUCGAAGUGGGCCGGGCCCACGACUUCGACGGGCUGGACCUGGACUGGGAGUUCCCCAAAACGGAAACCGAAAUGAAGCACUUGGCCCAGCUGUUGAGAGAGUGGCGACGAGAGAUCCGGAUAGAGGCCCGGGAGACGGGCCGGGCCCCAUUGCUGCUCACGGCCGCGGUGUACUUCAACCCGGAGUUCAAUUGGGACCCGGUCUACCGGAAGUAUCCGGUUCGGUCCGUGGCCAGGCAUCUGGACUGGGCCAGCCCGAUGUGCUUCGACUACCGUGGGGCCUGGGACACGUCCGCGACCGGGGCCCACGCUCUGCUGUACGAUCCCAAUAGUAAUAUCAGCACGAGCUAUGGGCUCCGGUCGUGGAUCCAGGCCGGUGUACCUAGCCACAAACUAGUCAUGGGGUUGCCAUUGUAUGGUCGGACGUGGCAAUUGAAGGAUCCGAAUGUGACGUGGAUCGGGGCUCCGGCGGUGGCUACGGGCCCUGGGGAUUUGGGUGUCUUGAACUUCAAGGAGUUGGAGGAUUUCAACGCGAAGAAUGGGGCGACGGUGGUGUAUGACCAUACUACCGUGUCGACUUACUCGUACGUUGGGUCGAGUUGGAUUGGUUACGAUGAUGCGAAGUCCAUAUCCACUAAGAUUGGGUUUGCUAAGGAUCAUGGGCUUCGUGGGUACUUCUUUUGGGCCUUGAGCUUUGAUAGUGAGUGGAAAAUCUCGAAACAAGGUGAGUUCGGUUUUCAUUUGAUUAAUCUUCCUAAAACAAGAAAAGUUACUAUCUCUUUUGUUUUUUUUUAUUUCUUACUCUAG